GAUAAGAUUUUCCUCACCGAGCCCCCCGUGCAGUUCUCUCUCCCCACCCCGACUCACUCCACCUGCUCCCGUCCCCGUCGCCCGGGGAGCCGGAGACCUAAACCCUAGGCCUCGCCGUCGUCGGCAGAGGAGGCGGCGGCGCGAUGUCGCACUUCGGGAGGGCGGGCCCGCCGGACAUCCGCGACACCUUCUCGCUCCUCGUCCUCAACAUUAGCUUCCGAACCACGGCCGACGACCUCUACCCGCUCUUCGACCGCUACGGCAAGGUCGUCGACGUCUUCAUACCGAGGGAUCGGAGGACUGGAGACUCGAGGGGUUUCGCGUUUGUGCGGUACAAAUACGCUGAUGAGGCUCAGAAGGCUGUAGAUCGGCUUGAUGGACGUAAUGUGGAUGGCAGGAACAUCAUGGUGCAGUUUGCCAAGUAUGGCCCUAAUGCGGAGCCAAUCCGUAAAGGAAGGGUCAUCGAGGAGGUCGAGAAAUUGCACGACAGGUCAAGAAGCCGUAGCCCUAGGCCAAGGCACAAAGAUGACCGCAGAGACAGAGAUCAUAAGAGGCGCAGUCGAAGCAGGAGCAGAGAAAGGCAUGGGCGUGACAAGGAGAGAGCACAUCGCCGUCACAGUCGAAGCCCAAGCCGAAGUUCAAGUCCUGACUAUAAAAACCGUCGUAGAGCAAGGGAUGAUGAUAAGCGCAGGAGCAAGAGCAGGAGUCGAAGCCGCUCAUACCAUAGUGCUUCACCUGCUCGGCGCAGUGUCAGCCCUCGCAAGAGCCCAGCAUCACGCAGGAGCCCUGCACCACACAGCAGGAGCCCAUCACCCCGCAAGAGCCCUGCACCACACAGCAGGAACCCAUCACCCCGCAAGAGGAGCCCUGCACCACACAGCAGGAGCCCAUCACCCCGCAAGAGGAGCCCUGCACCACACAGCAGGAGCCCAGCACCACGCAAGAGGAGCCCUACACCACACAGCAGGAGCCCAACACCACCCAAGAGCCCCUUAGAUGGAAGUCCCAAAAAGCAGACGAAUGGAAAAGGUUCACCUCCUUCACGCAGUGUUUCACCAUCACCUAGGCGUUCUAGCUCUCGUAGCCCAGGCAGUGAUGGCAAGGAGUAAAGCUACUGGUCCAGUGAUGCCUGUCUCCCCAGAACAGUCUUUGAAGGGACUACCAAAAUUUGGCUGAGCAUGAUGGGAGUAGCACUGAACUCCUAUUCAAGGUUGCUAGUUCUUUGUGGUUUCUAGAUGUGUUUUCCAGUACUGUCACAAUUACACUGUUGGUUGUAUUCGACCUGUCAUGCUUUUCUUCUUGAUACUGUCAUAUUAACCUUGUCAGAACGUUUGUGCAUUUUUUAGCUACUGUUCGUGAGAUGGGUUGCAGUUUACUGCUAGAAUGGUAUUGCACAGGAUCGGUCAUGGUGGAUGAUGUCCUAGCUGUUAAGUCAUCAUUGUUGAUGCUCGCGAUGGUGCUGCUGAUAAUUUUGGUGAUGUUCCUGAUGCAGAUUGCAGUCAGAUGUCGAUAUUGAUACUGAUGCUGUUGACAAUGACUGCUGACCAGGGAUGAUGGCUUGACACAAUCCUUUUCCCUUCUUUUAAUGCUUA